AUGGCUUAUGCAUCUUCGUUGGAUGUGAUCGGUUGCUUUGGCUCUACGGUUGCUGAUGUUGGGAUGCUUCUUCAUGAUAUUUCCGGGUAUGAUAGGUUCGACUCCACGAGUAGCAAACAAGAUGUGCCUGAGUUCCAAUCACAGUUUCUUUGGAUGGAUCAUUGUGGAUCUAAGCCAUUGAAAGGAGUGAAAGUUGGUGUAAUCUGCGAGACGCUUGAAGAAGGUGUUGAUUCUGGAGUGAGAUCUGCAACUCAAGAAGCUGCUUCUCACUUAGAAGCGUUGGGUUGUGUAUUCACAGAGUGUUUACCUCUCACCAUUGAUGUGAACAAACAAUGA